AUGUCCCUUGAAGAAGCGUUAUCGCAAUAUUUGCCCAAACACCCAAAGCCUGAAGGCUUAAAUUUUGCUUAUGGAACUGCUGGAUUUCGUAUGAAAGCCAAGGAUUUGGAUUAUGUCAACUAUACUGUGGGUAUAAUCGCUACGUUACGUUCCAAAUAUCUUAAGGGAAAGACUAUCGGUGUGAUGGUCACAGCAUCUCAUAACCCUCCAGAAGAUAAUGGUGUUAAGGUUGUUGAUCCUUAUGGAAGUAUGUUAGAAACUUCGUGGGAAGCAUAUGCAACAAAGUUAGCCAAUUCCACCCAUGAAGAAUUAGGUGAUAACAUUAAGCAAAUUUGUUCCGAAUUAGGGAUUGAUUUGAACCAAAAGUCGCAUACUAUAAUUGGUAGAGACUCUAGGGACUCAAGUCCAGCUUUAUCGGAUUCUACUAUUGAUGGUAUCAAAUCGAUUCCAAAUUCAACAUUCAAGGAUUACGGAUUAAAUACGACGCCUCAAUUGCAUUAUUUGACGAGAACCAUCAACGAUGCAACGUUUGGUGAGGCAUCUGAAGAUGGUUACUACUCAAAGAUGGCAAAAGCAUUUAAAAAUAUUUAUGAAAUCAGUAAUAACAGUGAAAAGCUUGAUAUUACUAUUGAUGCUGCGAAUGGGGUGGGGGCUCCUAAAGUAACAGAUUUAUUGCAAAAAUACUUAUCUGAUGAAAUUUCGUUUACGUUGGUCAAUGACGCUUAUACUAAACCAAAGUUAUUGAACUGGGAUUGUGGUGCCGAUUUUGUCAAAACUAAUCAAAAACUACCAUUAAAUGUUGAUCCGAUCUCAAAUAAGUUAUAUGCUUCAUUUGAUGGUGAUGCAGACAGGCUUAUUUGCUACUGCCAAAACGAUAAAGGCGAAUUUAAGUUAUUUGAUGGAGACAAAAUGUCUACAUUGAUUGCAUUGUUCUUUCAACAGUUAUUUGCUAACAUUAACUCCGAUAAAUUGAAGUUGAAUAUUGGCGUCGUCCAAACUGCUUAUGCCAAUGGCUCUUCAACAGCUUACGUCGAGAAUGUUUUAAAAAUUCCUGUUCGUUGUACUCCAACAGGUGUGAAACAUUUACACCACGAAGCAGAAAAAUUUGACAUUGGUAUUUAUUUUGAAGCAAAUGGGCAUGGUACAGUGACAUUUUCCAAAGAAGCGGAAAAUCAAAUUUUCGAAUAUAAAGCUGAUGACUCGAAUGCAAAAGAAGCAGAGUCUAUUAAAGUCUUACAAAACCUUACGCAAUUAAUUAACCAAACUGUUGGAGAUGCGAUUUCUGAUUUAUUGACUAUUUUAAUUAUCGUUCAUUUCUUAAAAUUGAGUCCUGAUGACUGGGACAAAGCUUACACUGAUUUACCUAAUCGUUUAAUAAAAGUGGUUGUUCCAGAUAGAUCGAUAUUUAAAACUACAAAUGCUGAAAGAACUUUAGUAGAACCAGCUGGAUUGCAAAAGAAAAUUGACGAGCUUGUUGAAAAAUACCCUAAGGGAAGGUCUUUUGUUAGAGCAUCCGGCACUGAAGAUGCAGUUAGAGUCUAUGCCGAAGCCGAUACAAAAGAAAAUGCUGUUGAAUUAUCGCAGUUGGUAGGCGAUUUAGUUAAAUAG